AUGGCUGCUGGCAAUGUCCCAUUCAAAGCAUUACCAAAACAAAUGAGUGAUUCAUGGAUAGUUAUUGAUGAACAAGAUGAAUCGGACUUUGUUGUCAUCGAAAAUGAACAUGGUAAACAGCAGUCUCCUGUACCCGUGAUUCCAUCUCCAAAAACUUCUCCACAAUCAAAACGACCUUUGGCACAAAAUCAUAAUAAUAAUAAGCCAACGAAUAUGUGUCAACCACCAUCUGGUGUUAAACAGAAUAAAAAACGUAAAUGGAAGGUGCUUUAUUCAUUACCAUCAACAGGUGUUAAAGCAAAUGUUGAUGAUUCAAAUCUUGAUUCAUAUGUUAUGGAUCAACAUGCGCAAUUAUUCGACAAACGUGAUUUAUUUAGUUCUCAACAACGUAUUGUCAAAGUCAAAUGA